AUGGCCGCCGCGUACCGCCUCCUCUUCCUGCUGGCCGUCUCCCUCGCCGCCGUCUCCGCCGCCCGCGCCCACAACAUCACGGCCAUCCUCGAGGGCUACUCCGAGUACUCCCUCUACAACAGCUACCUCUCCCAGACCAAGGUCUGCGACGAGAUCAACGGCCGCAGCACGGUGACCUCACUCGUCCUCACCAACGGCGCCAUGUCCUCGCUCGUCUCCAACCUCUCCCUCGCCGACGUCAAGAACGCGCUCCGCCUCCUCACCCUCCUCGACUACUACGACCCCAAGAAGCUGCACUCCCUCCACGGCGGCUCCGAGCUCACCACCACGCUCUACCAGACCACCGGCGACGCCUCCGGGGACAUGGGCCACGUCAACAUCACCAACCUCCGCGGCGGCAAGGUCGGCUUCGCGUCCGCCCAGCCCGGCGCCAAGUUCCAGGCCACCUACACCAAGUCCGUCAAGGAGGAGCCCUACAACCUCUCCGUCCUCGAGGUCUCCGACCCCAUCACCUUCCCCGGCCUCUUCACCGCCGCCUCCGCCGCCUCCACCAACCUCACCGCGCUGCUCGAGAAGGCCGGCUGCAAGCGGUUCGCCGCGCUCAUCGUGUCGUCCGGGGUCAUCAAGACGUACCAGGCGGCCAUGGACAAGGCGCUCACCCUGUUCGCGCCCACCGACGACGCCUUCCACGCCAAGGGCCUCCCGGAUCUGGCCAAGCUCACGGCCGCCGACCUCGUCACGCUGCUCGAGUACCACGCGCUGCCGCAGUACGCGCCCAAGGCCUCGCUCAAGACCAUCAAGGGCGGCAUCCCGACCCUCGCCUCCACCGGCAAGGGCAAGUACGACCUCUCCGUCGUGGCCAGGGGCGACGACGUGUCCAUGGACACCGGCAUGGACAAGUCCCGCGUCGCAUCCACCGUGCUCGACGACACCCCCGUGGCCGUGCACACGGUGGACAGCGUCCUGCUGCCUCCCGAGCUCUUCGGCGGCGCCCCCUCGCCCGCGCCCGCGGGAGCGGCGGCCGACACGCCGGCGUCUGCCCCUGCGCCAGAAGCCGCCUCCGCGCCGGCGCCCGCUCCCACCAAGCAGCACGAGAAGAAGAAGCCCAAGGGCAAGGCGCAUUCCCCGCCCGCGCCCCCGGCUGAUUCCCCUGACAUGGCCCCCGCCGACGCGCCGGACGGAGACGAGGCGGACAAGGCCGACAACAAGAGCGGCGCCGUCGCGACGGGCUUGAGCUUCGCGGCCAUGGUGGCCUCUGUCGCCGCCCUUGUCGGCGCGUCGUUGCUGUGA